AACCCCCUGGAUGUAGCAAGCCCAACCACUCCUACAUGCAACUCUUCCAAAUUGAUAUAUGACAAUAUCUACUUUCGAUCACGUGUCCGCCCGGCGACUUAGACGGAUUGCGCGUCAUCUCGCCUUCCCCAAUUUUUCUGUAGUGCUGCAGCUCGCAUCCAAAACAUCUUUAUCGACGGAGCGCGAAAGAUGUUUAACUCGGUCAACCUGAGCAACUUCUGCUCGCAGACACGCAAGGAGCGCACUUCCGACUUUGGGGAGAGGACGGGUUGCGCGUCCAAUCUCUACCUGCCCAGCUGCACCUACUACAUGCCCGAGUUCUCCGCCGUGUCGUCCUUCCUACCGCAGGCCCCGUCGCGCCAGCUCAGCUACCCGUACUCCGGCAACCUCUCGCAAGUGCCGCCACCGCCGCCGCCGCCGGUUCGCGAGGUGUCCUACGGGCUGCACGAGCCGGCCGGCAAAUGGCACCACCGCGGCAACUACGCGUCUUGCUACUCGGCGGCGGGAGAGGAGCUGGUGCAUAGGGACUGCCUCCCGCCUUCCACCAUGACGGACAUGCUCCUGAAAAGCGAGAGCGCCUAUAGCCAACACCACGCGCACCACCACCACCAUCACCACCACCAUCCGGGUUCCAACCACCCGUCGGCGGGCUUCUACUCCGGCGUGGCCAAGAACAGCGUCCUUCCGCAGGGCUUCGACCGCUUCUUCGAGACGGCCUACUGCAGCAGCACGGACAAUCAGACGGAAGCCAGCUGUUUACAAAAGGCCGAGCUAGUGGGGAAGCUGCCGGGCGGCGGCGGUGGUGGCGGCGGUGGUGGCGGCGGUGCUGGCGACCCCCAGCAGCGGCGGCAGCAGCAGCAGGAGGAGCAGCCGCAAUCCGCCUCCGAGCAGGACAAAGACGCGGACGCCGACGCGGACGACGACGCCGAUGAGGAGCGCACCAACUCGGGCUCUUGCACAUCGUCCUCUGCGGCCACUAAGGAAGCCAGCGGCGGCUCCAAAAGCAGCCACUCCAGCACCCCGCGCACAAGGAAGAAGAGGUGUCCCUACUCCAAGUUCCAAAUCCGCGAAUUGGAGCGAGAAUUCUUCUUUAACGUUUACAUCAACAAGGAGAAGCGUCUGCAACUUUCCCGCAUGUUAAACCUCACCGACCGCCAGGUGAAAAUUUGGUUUCAGAACAGACGGAUGAAGGAGAAGAAGCUAAGCAGGGAUCGCCUGCAAUAUUUUUCGGGCAAUCCCUUGUUGUGAGCGCCCCGGUCCCUGCUGCCUGCCCGCCUGCAGCGGUCACAGUCUCGGUCAGUGGCAGCAAAAGUUGGCCCGCCAUCUUGUCCACUCGCGUCGAACAAUUGCAAGCGUGGCCUUCCCAGAAAUCCUCCGAGGGGGCGCCCACCAUCUUUCGCCAAUGUGGGCUUAUUUUUUUCUAUAGGCCUGCGUGAGGUUAAAAAAACAUUCAUAACAAUAAAAAAAAAGUUGCCGUUUUCUUACUGCGCACGGGUGGCGGUGUAUUU